CGAAACUAAACCUGUGCGCGUUCUGAUACCCUUUACGUGACUGGGACUUGGAAUCGUCAAGGAAUCUUCAUCCUCCCAAGAACUUGAGGUUGUUCGCUCGCCUCCACAGGCUACGCACGGUGAUUCUCUACGAUCAGCCGCUCUCGGGAUUUAUUGAAAGUUUGAGGGAACCCCCAUCUUGAGCCUCAACCAUAUCAGUCUUGCCAACUACCAUCCGUGCCUGGUUUGGCUCAUCCGCAGGACAUAUAGGAACUUCUUACGAGGAAGCCCUCUCAGGAUCCCGGAAGGGUUUGGCCAUUUAAAUCACCAGGCAACAGCCAAUCACGACAGGUCUUUCGGUAUCAAUAUUGAAACCUCAAGUCACAAAGGGUCCUUAUCAGACAUCGCUCUAUACCCCAAAGAUGAGCAUGCAGACAGCAGGGGAUAUUCCCCUCCAGAUCACGUCCGAAAACUCCGGUUCUGAGCGUCGAAUCACACCUUCAUGGAGCAUCGGCCAGCUCAAGUCAAAGCUCGAGCUCGUGACCGGGAUCCCUCCCCUAUCACAGAAACUCUCUUUGAGGCGCCCUGGCCAACCGCCAGUCCCCAUUGAGGCUAUCGAUGAGGAGAACACUUCACUUGCUCAGUUCCCUUUAGUGCCUUAUGCAGAGAUAUAUGUUGCCGAUACCCGCCCCCCAGGGCUGCGACCCAACUACACCGACGUCUCCAAAGCAGAAAAGUAUGAGAUGCCACCCGAGGAGUACGAGAAGAAGACGGACAGCGUCCUCGCGUGGAAGAAAGCCAAGAAGUUGGGACGGUUCGACCCCGCGGCGCCCACCCUCGAGCAGGCCAAAAUCCAAGCCUUCGAGGCGGAGAUCCGGCAUCGUGGUAUCGAGGUCGGGAAGCGGUGUCGGGUUGGCGGGGAGGACGAGAAGAGAGGCGAGAUCAUGUACGUCGGUGAGGUGGAGGAGAUCCCGGGCGGCAUAGGGAAAUGGGUUGGCGUGAGGCUGGACGAGCCCGUGGGGAAGAACGAUGGGAGUUUGAAGGGGAAGAGGUAUUGGGGGACGGCUACCGAUGGAGGCGCAGCCAAACAUGGCGUCUUUGUGAGACCCGAGAGGGUGGAAGUUGGUGACUUCCCUGUGCUGGAUGACCUGGAUGACAUGGAGGAAAUCUGAGGACGCUUCUGUGUGGCUGGAUUUGAGAUCGUGCCAUGAGAGCGAUAUUCACCAAGCGAAAAUCCAACAAAGCUGAAGACUCUCUUGCAUAUCGCCCUAUUACUGGAAGCAUCUCAGUGAUCAACUAUUUCUAGGUACUUGGGAAAUAUGAUGCGACAUUCUAUGCCCUGCCAUUCUAUAUCUACACAUAUAUAGGAGAAAGGUCUGAUUCAAACAACAAU